AUGCUGAGACAAGUCCUCCUCAACUACACCCGUACCCCUCACCUGGACCUGGUGCUCAUGGCCGCGUCCUCCACCAGCGCCCCCGCCUCCGUCAACGUGUCGCACGGCAGCUUGGUGAGUGUGGCCGCGCUGCUCAGACCCACCUCGGGCCGGGGAGGCGGCGGCGGCGGCGGUCUCCGAGAUGGCGAGCUGCACAAACCGGACCUCCUGACCUACAUCGUCAUGUGCCUGCUGCUCUUCCUGCUGGUGCUGCUCAUCGUCUUCUUCAUCAACUGCCAGCUGAGGAACUCUUUCUUCGCCUCCAUGCCCUACGACAGGUCUCUGAGAGAAGCCCGGACCUCCUACAAGUAGGAUCGGGUUCCCGGCUUCCUGCUCAAGGGAUCCGCGUGAAAAUUGUUGCCUUUCUCGUUUCUCUCGGACAUGGUCUGGAUGGUCUGGAUGGGAAUCCCAAACAUGAGCCCAAGCAUGCUGGUCAGGAUUAAAGCAAGCAGACUGUGGUACGCAAUGAUCAACAGUGAGUAUGGGCCUACUGCAGCUUACAGGACCACAGGCCACUGGGGACUUGUAUUUUCUUUUAUUUGGAACACACCUAACUUUCAUUUUUUCUUUUUUUUGGACACAUAAA